CGCCGGCACUUGUUUCCGGGCGGGCCUCCAGAGGCCGGCGCAUAAAAUGGCGGCCCUGGCGGCCUGAAGAAGGCGGCCGCGGCUCGGCCGUGGGCUCUAACGCGGGGCUGGGGGCCGGAGACAGACUUCGCCCAGGUGACGGGUAGUAGGGGCGGCGCCGCUGGGCCUCGUGGGGUGUAAGACCCGCUUGCUGCUGCCCCCGGACCUUGCCGCCACACCAGCCUUGUCCUGGGGCGGAACCGAAGGAAGGUUGGGCCCGGCUGCCCCGCCCCGUCCUUCCUCCUUCCCGGGCGGUCACUCUGCGUGGCUCACUUUUAGAGUUUACUUCAACCACGUGGAGCUUCCAUGGCGGCCUCUCAGGUCCUGGGGGAGAAGAUUAACAUCCUGUCGGGAGAGACUGUCAAGGCUGGGGACAGGGACCCGCUGGGCAACGACUGUCCCGAGCAAGAUAGGCUCCCCCAGCGCUCCUGGAGGCAGAAGUGUGCCUCCUACGUGUUGGCCCUGAGGCCCUGGAGCUUCAGUGCCUCACUCACACCGGUGGCCCUGGGCAGUGCCCUUGCCUACAGAUCCCACGGUGUCCUGGAUCCCAGGCUCUUGGUGGGUUGUGCCGUGGCUGUCCUGGCUGUGCACGGGGCCGGUAAUUUGGUCAACACUUACUAUGACUUUUCCAAGGGCAUUGACCACAAAAAGAGUGAUGACAGGACACUUGUGGACCGAAUCUUGGAGCCCCAGGAUGUCGUCCGGUUCGGAGUCUUCCUCUACACGUUGGGCUGCGUCUGUGCCGCUUGCCUCUACUACCUGUCUCCUCUGAAACUGGAGCACUUGGCUCUUAUCUACUUUGGAGGCCUGUCUGGCUCCUUUCUCUACACAGGAGUCCUCAUCUAGCCACUGAAGCAGAGUGCCCACAUCAGGGGCAUGGGAGCAGCCAGUGCUCAAGCUCCCAGAAACUGCCUAGUGACCUGCCUUCUAGACCAGUCUCCUGAGAAUGGGGCUGGCCACCUUCGAGGAGAGGGAAGUGAGCCCCUUCCCGCCUCGGGGUGGGCAGCACCUGGAGCUGAUAGUUGUAUGCAUGUUCGGGACACAGGAUACUCGACUCUUCAGGUUGUGUGCUGUGUGGAGGGAGAGGAGGUUGACACACGUGAACCAUACAAUAAACAACCACAGAACAUCAGGGUAGAGAUGGGGCUGCUGGGUAUCAGGACGGCUUCCAGGAAGAGGUGACAAUGAGCGGCAAUCAAGGUUUCUCGGAAGAGGUGGCCACGAGAGGUGACUGUUCCAUGGAAACCAAGGUGCUGAUGGACAGCUCAAUUCCCCCAGCUGGAGAAAGCCCCCCUGUUGCUGCCUGAGAGAGUAAGACUCAAAGUUUUCCUUAGUCAGCCUUUUUUGGCUGUGCAGUCAGACAACUGGAGCAUUGAGGCAGGUGUGCCAAGGGCACUCUGACCACUGCCAAGGUCAAAGCCUUCUGCAGAAUGAAAACUCCGACACUUCCUUGCUGAGAAACAAACGAGAGAAUGGCGGGGUGUUUAAUCAUCCACAGCUGCCAAUACCUAAUCAAGAUGAAUGGCCUGGAGAGACAAGGCCAGGGAAAGCAUCCCGCGAAGCAGGAGCGCUGAGCCCAAGUCUCCUGCGAGUCAGGGGAGCCCCUCAGCCCUGGGCCACAUUGAGGCCAAGGGAAUACCAGGUGGGAGGCCCUCAGAUUCAGGGGAAGUGCUGAGGGGGUCAGAGGUCACCAUGGUCACCAACGAGGGCCUUCCAGCUGACACUUGCCUUGGCCAAAGACCUUUACUGAGAGCCUGCUGUGUCCCAGGAGGCAAGAUAAAUGAGGCACACCCCUGCUUUUUGAGGACACACAGUGAGCUAAUAGCAAAAGCUACAUACGUACAUUAUCCUGCCACCUCAAGCGUCAACAUAGACACUUGCACCUAGAGAUUCUUAAAGCCCCUCUGAAGGACAGGCCACUCACAGCCAUGUGUAAGACAUAGAGGCAUAAAGGCUGUGGGGGAAUGAGGACAGAAGAGAUGAACUUCUCCAUGCGCUAUUGUUCCAGACCAUGAUCAAUUCACUAUCUAUGACUAGCUCUCCUCUGGUGCCAUCUGCAGGUGGCUGCAAGACCAGUCAAUUUAUUGAGCAAGUACUAUGUUACAGGCACUUGCUUAGCUCUGGGAGGUAUAAUGGUAAAUGAGACCUGAUCCCUAUCCUCAGGAAACUUACACUCUCCAGAGGACAGACAGACAAACAGGCACACCUUAUAUCACUCCUGGAGCUUGACUGGUGAAGUGGAAAGAGUUUGGGCUUUCGAGUCUGGCAGCACUGGGUGGAUAGAAGUCCAGGCUCAAUCACUCACCCCUGGGAUACCCUCAGACAAGCUACAUAACCUCUUUGAGCUUCCGGUGCCUCCUCUGCAAGGGAGGAUGAUAGGAUUUGCCUUGUAGGGUAAUUUUGGGUUUAAAUAAGGUAGUGCUCACAGAGUACUUAGCAUGUGCCUGGUAUGUAGUAGGCACUUCAUAAAGUGAGUUCCCCCCGUCCCCACCUUUGUUUUGAGACAGGGUCUCACUCUGUAGCCCACGGUGGAGUGCAGUAGCACAAUCAUGGCUUACUGCAGCCUCAAUCUCCCUGGGCUCAGGUGAUCCUCCCACCUCAGCCUCCAGAGUAGCUCGGACUACAAGCUUGCACCACCAUGCCCAGCUAAUUUUUGUAUUUUUACAGAGACAAGAUUUCACCAUGUUGCCCAAGCUGGUCUCCAGCUCUUAGGCUAAAGCAAUCCGCCCGCCUCAGCCUCCCAAAGUGCUGGGAUUACAAGCCUGAGCCACUGCUUCCAGCCCCCUUUCCUUUCUUAUGGAUGACUAUUUUAGAAUGUUGUUUUUUGUGUAAUCUCAGACUUUCCUACCAAAAGGCAGAAGGCCCAUGGCUGAGGGUCCAUGUUCUUCCCAAUACUCAGCACAGUGCCUGGUACAUUUAUUCAUUCAUUCAACAAACAUGUAUUGAACACCUGAUAAGUACCAGGAACUAUAUUAAAACUAAACAUAGAAAAUGAACAAAACCAGAUCUCUAUGCUCCCAGAGCUUAUAUGAUAGUAAGGGAGAUAGAAAAGAAACAACUAUUCAUUGUGAAACUCUCUGCUGUGGUUUGAAUGUUGUGUCCCCCCAGAUUCAUGUUGAAUCCUAAUGUUGAAUCCUAUGUUGAAGCCUAAUCCCCAACAUGAUUGUAUUAGGAGGUGGCGACUUUGGGAGGUGAUUAGGUCACGAGAGUAGAGUCCUCAUGGGUAGAGUAUUAGUGCCCUGAUAAAAGAGACCCCAGGGAGCUGCCUUGCUCCUUCCUCCACGGGAGGACACAGCUGGAAGGCGCUAUCUAUGAACCAGAAAGUGGCCUUCACCAAACCAAAUCUGCCUUGGUUUUGGACUUCUCAGCCCCCAGAACCGUGAGACAUUUCUGUUGUAUAUAAGCCACCUAGUUUAAUGGUAUUUUGCUAUAGUAGCCUGAAUAGUAGCCUGAAUGGCACUGUGUGUAUCGGGGGUGUCCAUUUGGUGAUUCCAAGGGACUCUGCCCUGGCACCAGGAUAAGUUCCAUGCAGAAACCCGAAGGAUGACCCAUUUGCAGCCCUUCUGUCAGGAGAGCCAAGCCUGGUUGUGCUGAGAUGGGAAUCCUGGUGGGGUGACUAUGAAAAAGUUGGGGUCUUGGCCUUGGGGUCAAAGAUUGUCAAGGUGACUUCUCAUUCGAAUGCUUCACAGCCCUGAAGGCGAAUGUGCUGAAGAAGUCCUGGAUGGAGAGAUAGGUGGUCUCACAUGUGGCUGUGAGUGGCCUGUCCUUCAGAGAGGCUUUAGGAAUCUCUAGGUACAAGGGAAAGAUAACAUCUUGGGCUGCAGUCCAGGUUCAUUCAACAAGGGAAGAAAACUGGAAAACAUCUGAUGUCUGUUUUACCAGAGUUGUUACUAUUACUUUUAUUAUUAUUGUUUUUUUUGAGACGAAGUUUUGCUCUUGUUGCCCAGGCUGAAGUGCAGUGGCAGGAUCUCGGCUCACUGCCACCUCCAUCUUCUGGGUUCAAGUGAUUCUCCUGCCUCAGCCUCCCGAGUAGCUGGGAUUACAGCAUGCACCACCAUGCCCAGCUAAUUUUGUAUUUUUAGUAGAGAAGGGUUUCACCAUGUUGGUCAGGCUGGUCUCAAACUCCUGACCUCAAGUGAUCCACCCACUUUGGCCUCCCAAAGUGUUGGGAUUACAGGCAUGAGCUAUUUCUCCCUGCCAGAGUUGUUAUUAUAUUUUUUAAAAUUGGGCCAGACACAGUGGCUCAUGCCUGUAAUCCCAGCACUUUGGGAGGCCGAGGCAGGUGAAUCACCUGAGGUCAAGUGUUUGAGACCAGCCUGGCCAACGUGGCGAAACCCCAUCUCUACUAAAAAUACAAAAAUUAGCCGGGCAUGGUGGCACAUAUUGUAAUCUCAGCUACUCCGGAGGCUGAAGCAGGAGAAUCACUUAAACCUGGGAGGUGGAGGUUGCAGUGAGCUGAGAUUGUGCCAUUGCAGUCCAGCCUGGGUGACAAGAGUGAGACCCUGUCUCCAAAAAUAAAUAAAUAAAUAAAUAAAACUUUCCCAUGUGCAUGUGUGCACAUAUGCAUGUGCAUGUGUGCAGUGGUGCAGUUAUUAUCCUGGGUAUUCAGUAGGUGCCGAACAUGAAGGGAACCCAAUGCAAUGAGCGACACCUGGUAAAGCCAUCUCAAUGUCUGGACAAGCAGUCUCCAUGCAGCUCCAAGGAGGAAAAGGGGAAACCACAGAGGGUUGUGAGCAGAGGGUUGCUCAGAACCCCUCCUGACGGAGGCGAGGAGGAGGUGGAGCCAUUCGUUAUCCUGCGAGCUUGGCACGGAGGCUGGGUGGCUGUGCUGAGAAGAGCCAUUCCAUUUCUAAGAAGGAACAGGGAGGGGAUGGUGAGGAGCGAAGAUAACCAAGUCAGUCAAGCAGGGCAGAGCACGGUGUGAUCCGUGCCCUAGGCCAUCACAGUGGCUGCAGCCAAUCUUACUGCAUGAGAGGUGGGAGAAGAUGGGCUUCCCCAGGAGAUGCCCUGCCCUGGAAACCCCACUGCCUGCCCUGGGUCAUCCUUGAUACUCAUUCCCUUGUCUCUCUCAGUGGUGGGAGUGACAGCAGCAUGUCAAGGCCGCCUAACCACAGUCACAGUGAGAGCCACCAGACGCUGGAUCCGGGCAGCAACUUGGGGUUCACUGAAGCCUUCUCCGUGCUUGUCUCACGCUGGCCUCCCUGUGGCCCUGAGAGGUGCAUGCUCGGCUUGUUUGAUGGGCUGAGUGGUUCAGUGACUUGCUUGGGAUCACAGCCGCUGCACAGCAGCACCACACGUGGCCCGGACUAGUUCUCUUCCAACUCUAAAAGCAGCACUCAUUUGGUUAACAGUCUUUUUCAUUUUCAACACUUCUUUCUUUUGAAGGGAGGAGCAAAGCGUGAUCGGUUGCCUUUUAUAAAUCUCGUUUUCAAUUUCAAUCUCUUUUAAAAUGUUGAAAGAGUCACAGCUGCCUCUUUUGUUAUUGUCUUCAUCUCCCACCCUCUUUCCCGCCUCUCCUCCUCGACUUUCCUUCCCUUAACCCUUUCCAUGGUUCCUCUGGGCCACCCAGGCGUGUGGCCGGCUUGUCAUGCUUGUGGCCUUGGGUGUUGGAGAAGAGGGGGAAGAGGUAGGAUUGAGGGGCUCCAUCAGAGACAGGGGCUCAGGGGUCUUCACAGUUUGAUGGAUUUUUUUUUUUUUUUUUUUUUUUGAGACAGAGUCUCUCUGUUGCCCAAGCUGGAGUGCAGUGGCACGAUCUCGGCUCACUGCAACCUCUGCCUCCCAGGUUCAAGAGAUUCUCCUGCCUGAGCCUCCCGAGUAGCUGGGACUACAGGUGCGCGCCAACACACCCAGCUAAUUUUUAUAUUUUUAGUAGAGACAGGGUUUCACCAUGUUGGCCAGGCUGGUCUCAAACUCCUGGCCUCAGGUGAUCCACCCAUCUUGGCCUCCCAAAGUACUGGGAUUACAGGUGUGAGCCACCAUGCCCAGCCUAAUUUUUGUAGAGACAGAGUCUUGCCAUGUUGCCCAGGCUGGAGUCAAAUAGCAGGAAGGCUGUGCUCCAAACAAUGCUUGGUUUUCCAUUGAAGACAUCUAAUAACCUUUAUGAUUUUUUUUUUUUUUUUGAGACACAGUCUCCCUCUGUCACCCAGGCUGGAGUGCAGUGGUGUGAUCUUGGCUCACUGCAACCUCAGCCUCCUGAGUAGCUGGGAUUACAGGCACCCACCACCAUGCCUGGCUAAUUUUUUGUAUUUUUAGUAAGACAGGGUUUCACCAUGUUGGCCAGGCUGGUCUCGAACUCCUGACCUCAAGUGAUCCACCAGCCUUGGCCUCUCAAAGUGCUGGGAUUACAGGCAUGAGCCACUGUGCCCAGCCAAAAAAAAAUUUUUGUUUAUUCAAAAUUUCUGUCUUUUUUUUUGAGACAUGGUCUCACUCUGUGGCCCAGGCUGGAGUGCAGUGGCAAGAUCACCGCUCACUGAGGCCUCGACCUCCCAGGCUCAGGCAAUCCUCCCACCUCAGCCUCCUGAGUAGCUGGUACUACAGGCACGCACCACCACACCUAGCUAAUUUUUGUAUUUUUAGUAGACACAGGGUUUUGCCAUGUUGACCAGGCUGGUCUCGAACUCCUGACCUCAAGUGAUCCACCUGCCUCGGCCUCCCAAAGUGCUGCAGUUACAGACGUGAGCCACCACACCCGGUGAAUGGAUGGUUGAUUCUAUUUGCUUUGUGCAGUCUGACUGAUGUAAAUCAUCUCAGCCAUGUCUGGGCGUUGGAGUCAGGUUUAGGCACAAGUGGCCUCCAAGUCACCUGCAGAAACACACAUGGCUGUGGCUUACCCCCUUGCUCCCAGUCACUCUGCGUCUGAGCCGACUUAGGAUCAUAUAUGUGUGUUCUCACACUUGAGACUCUUUUUUUUAUUUUUUAUUUAUUUUUUGAGACGGAGUCUCGCUCUGUCGCCCAGGCUGGAGUGCAGUGGCGCGAUCUUGGCUCACUGCAAGCUCCACCUCCUGGGUUCAUGCCAUUCUCCUGCCACAGCCUCCCAAGUAGCUGGGACUACAGGCGCCCGCCACCAUGCCUGGCUAAUUUUUUUUGUAUUUUUUUAGUAGAGACAGGGUUUCACCAUGUUAGCCAGGAUGGUCUCGAUCUCCUGACCUCAUGAUCCGCCCGCCUGGGCCUCCCAAAGUGCUGGGAUUACAGGCUUGAGCCACCGCGCCCGGCCACACUUGAGACUCUUAACAAUUCCAUGACUGAGGUAUGAUAGCUCCCAUUUUAUAGAUGAGGAAACUGAGGCUCCUUCAGCAAGUUAAACACCUUGCUCUCAAUGUCCCCAAACAGACCCAGCAGCUCAAGGUCUCAGAGCUGAUGGCAGAGCUGGGAUGAGAAGCCAAGUCCUUUGACUUCUAACCCAGUGCUUUUCCCGCCAUGCUCUGUGUCCCAUCCUUGGUCCUAACCUUGAGACGGCAGGACUAACAUUGGAGGAGUUGUGGCUUCCAGGUUCCUCCUGAAAGCCACCAGAGAUUAAAAAAAAAAAAAAAGUGAGAGGUUAGCCUGAUCUAGCAAGAGCAGCGAUGGCUCCCCGGGUGAGGAUACAUGCCAGCGAGUGAGGAGCUGCUGACUGGGGGGUGAUCUCCCUGAUAAAUGAUGGAGUGCCAGUUGCUUCUGCAGCUGCAGGGCUGCAUCUGGGCCCCAGUGCUGACGCACGCUCCGCCUCCAGAUCCGCAUUGUCACCAGCUUGUUGGAGAAACAGAUGUUAUUGUCCUCUAUUCCUGUCCCUUUGUCCCUAAUAGGCACUUAAGCGCAGGAGGGGGAAAAAGAAACGGAGACGGAAUGGUGUAACCAUUUCAGGCUCUUUCCAGAAGCAUGCACUUCUGUGGGACUUGGGGUCUGGGAUAGAAUGGGUG